AGAAUACAACUGCCGUAGAAGUCUCACUUGGCCCCGGAAACCAUCAAGAUGCUGAUCAAGGUCCGCACGCUCACCGGCAAGGAGAUCGAACUCAAUGUUGAGGGUUCCGACAUGGUAUCCAAGAUCAAGGAGCUCGUCGAAGAAAAAGAAGGCAUCCCCCCGGCGCAGCAACGUUUGAUCUAUGGCGGGAAGCAGAUGGUCGACGACAAAACCGCAGACGAUUACCGCCUCGAGGGCGGCGCAACGCUGCAUCUAGUACUCGCGCUGAGAGGCGGACAGCGGUGAGCCGAAUUCAGCGAUAAGAAAUAGAGGAGGAGAUGGACAAAGAUGGAUUGGCUGAGUACCAAGAAACACGAGCCGGCGCAUCCACCAGCGUUUCACCUCCCAGGGAUCAAGGGGAUAUCGAUAGAGAUUGGUGUGUACGACGACCUAGAGGCAGCUGGUCAGACCCCAGUUAGCCAUGUUGCUUUGGUAUUGUGAAGGGCGUCGAGCCGCUGCCGGUGAAGACGGAGAAAGGAUCUUGGUAGGCGGGAUAGGUCUGAGUGCAUGAGCCAGUAGCGUGUACAUACAUGCGGUUACCGUUCUUCAGUGAUGGACCCUGAAGCAAAACGCUGUCACAGGAGGGUCUCACAAGGUCAAGCAAGACGUAUGGAUCUUCCAG